GGCUUCUUCAAUCUUCAUCUUCCGCUCCCUCUCCCACUCGCGCUCGGCAGGCAGGCUCGGCGGCGUCGUCACUGGCUGCCCCUCCUACCCGUAGCCUCGCGCGGUCACGCCCUCGCCUCCAGUCCUCCGCACACCGGCGGCAACCCUGCGAAAAUGCUUUGUGUUGGAAGAAUUUGUUCAAGAUAUUAUGCAGGACAUGCUGUAUCUUCAUUACUUGUGGGUAUACGAUGUUUGUUUGCUCCUCAAAGCCCACACCAUGUCGGCUCCAAGUAUCAUGGGACUCACCAAAGUAGGGACAGUAGUACCAAAACCUUGAAACCAGAGCUAAAUAUUGGUAGAUGUGGCGCUUGCUUUUCCACUGUCACAGGAACCAUUCUAGUCCAAGCUCAUGAUCCAUCUCAGCUAGCAAUGGAGAUAGAGAAUGCAAUUGAUCAGCAGAGAUUUGAUGAUGCAUGGAGGGCUUAUGAGAAGCAUGUUCACAUGGAUGGACUUCCAAGAAAGUCUGUUUUGAGCAAGCUCAUCACUGGCUUAGCAGAGAGCUGUGAUCAUCACUGGCUUAAGCAGUCCUACAAUGUGGUCAGUCAUGCAUUUGAAGAGAAGCAAGAAUUGUUGGAUAAGGAACCCCUAAUUUACCUAUCCCUCAUUCUUGCACACUGUGCUCUGCCUAAUCUUGCUUUAAAUGUUGUGAGGAAGUUGGUAAAGAUGGAAGCAUACCCACCUGUUGCAGCAUGGUCGGCAAUUUUAGCUCAUAUGUGUCAAACUAACACUGGUGCAUUUCUCGGUGCAGACCUUGUAAUGGAGCUUGGUUAUCUUUUCCAAAAUAAUAGAGUUGAUCCACGGAAGAAGAGUAACCGUCCUUUGCUAUCAAUGAAACCCAAUUCAUUUACAUUCAACAUAGUUUUGACCGCUUCCCUCGUGUUUGGCACUACAAGAAAAGCUGAGCAGCUUCUCGAACUAAUGCCGAGGAUAGGCGUGAAGCCUGAAGUCAACUUGUUGAUUGUUAUGGCCCACAUAUAUGAAAGGAAUGGUCGCAGAGAUGAGAUUCGGAAAUUAAAGAGGCAUGUUGAUGAAGCUUAUGGUCUUAGUGAAUCAGAGGUUAGGCAGUUUUAUGAUUGCUUGCUCUCCUGUCAUUUGAAAUUUGGGGAUUUUGAUUAUGCAGUUGAUAUGGUACUGGAUAUGAUUAGGAAAGGUAAGAAUGCAAAGCGGUCAUUGGAAGCAGCUAAAGCAGUUCUUGAAGCUGUUGAAAAUAGAAAAUUUUAUUUUCCUUAUGAGAAAGCUGAUGCUGAAAACCCACGCUCUUGUAGUAGCCAAAUGCUAAGUCACGCUUCAUUCUUCAAAGACAACAGCUUUGGGAGACUUGAAUUGGACGCAAGAGAAUCAGUCAGGCUAUUGACAGAUAAGCUGCAGGAACAGGUUGGACUGGUUAAAUCUGAGCAUGGCAUUCUCCAUCCAACUGAAACAAUGUAUGCCAAGCUUGUUAAAGCUUUUCUGGAAGCAGAUAAGAUCAGUGCAUUGGCAUCGUUUCUUGUGAAAGCAAGCAAAGAAGAUUCUCCUGUAUCUGUUGAAAGCUCCUUUGUUGUUCAAGUGAUAAAUGCAUGCAUUUCUCUUGGCUUAUUAGAGCAAGCACAUGAUCUUCUGGAUGAAAUGAGAUUUUCUGGAAUUAGGGUUGGUUCAUCCAUUUAUUCAUCACUCCUAAAAGCCUAUUGCAAAGAGGGACAACAUGAAGAUGACAUAACUGCACUUUUGAAGGAUGCUCAACAAGCUGGCAUUCAGCUUGAUUCAAGCUGCUAUGAGGAUUUGAUACAAUCUAGGGUGAAUCACAGUAACACCACAGGUGCUCUCCAUCUUUUUAAAGAAUUGAAGAAUUUGAAUGUUCUGAAAGCUGGUCACAUGGAAUUUCAGAGAAUAGUGCAAGGCUCUGAUGACAAUGAAGCUGCUUUGAUGACCAAGCUAGUGGAGGAAGUCAGGAGUGAUCAUACAGUUGAUCAUGCUGUUCAUGAAUGGAAUAAUGUUAUCCAUUUCUUCUGCAAGAAGAGAUUGAUGCAUGAUGCUCACAGAGCACUGAACAAGAUGCGAGCUUCCGGCCAUGUGCCAAAUGCACAAACUUUUCAUUCUUUAAUAACUGCUUAUGCUGCCAUUGGUGGCAAAUAUGUGGAAGUGACAGAUUUGUGGGGUGAAAUGAAACUUCUGGCUAGUCUAAGUUCUAUGAAAUUUGAUCAGGAGCUCUUAGACUCUCUGUUGUAUUGUUUUGUGAGAGGUGGUUUCUUCCUUCGAGCCAUGGAAGUUAUAGAGAUGAUGGAGAAAAGAGAGAUGUUUAUAGACAAAUAUAAAUACAAGUCCUUGUGGCUCAAGUACCACAGAACAUUGUACAAAGGUAAGGCUCCCAAGGUGCAAACAGAAGCACAACUAAAAAGAAGAGAAGCAGCAAUACGUUUCAAGAAAUGGAUUGGGUUGACAUGAGAGCAAGAAGUUCAACUCAAGCUAUAUGAACUGAUCAGGAAUUCUUUGAUUAUCUGCUGUAUGGAUGGAUCUUUACAAAUUCUGUAAAAUCGUAGUUGCGAAGUUUGUUAGAAGAAAUGCUUCAGCCAACACUUACAAUAUAAUGGUGUUGCAUGGCAUUAAGAAAGGGGGCAUGGCAUUAAGAAAGGGGUCUUGGAGCAUUUGAGCGCGUUUGGGAGUCUUGGACAUCUUCAAAGUGCAGUUUCUUCCUUUGGCUUGUCAUGCACAACAGAUGCUGGACCGCAGACUGUCUUACUAAAAGAGGACUACCCCACCCCAGUGCGUGUCCCCUUUGCGACCAAGAAGGGGAAACAAUACAACAUCUUCUCAUCUUUUGCGUCUUUGCAAGACAGUUCUGGUACUUCUUGUUGCGCAGGUCUGGGUUGCCUAAUCUUUCACCAGACAAUGCUUCUUGCAGCCUUGAUGACUGGUGGAGCAGCGCUGUGGAGAAGGUUCCCCGUGAUCUCCAAUCAGGCUUCAAUUCUCUAGUUAUUCUUGGCGCUUGGAGCCUCUGGCGUCAUCGCAACGACUAUGUGUUCAAUGGGAGGUCGUCGAGCCUAGCGAGUACUCUCACCCUCGCUGGCGAUGAGCUCAGGAUGUGGUGUAGUGCCGGGGCGAAAGGGUUGAACCUGCUUUCAACUCUUGUGUUUAUGCUUGACCCAGGGGAUAGUCUUGUGUCUUGUUCAGAGUGGUUGUGUGUGGUGGCUGUGUUGCGUCUUGUGUGUCUUGUUGUGUCAUGUGUGUUGUGUUGUACCUUCUUAUAUCUAUUAAUGGAAUGAUACGCAGAUCUCCUGCGUGUUCGAGAAAAAAAAGAAAAGGGGCUUGGUGCAUUUUCAAGGAAUACAAUAGACACCUCAUGAUUACUGAG